AACAUUUUUGUAACAUAUGGUGUCAGAAGUGGGAUGGCCAGUCGAAAAAAUGGACGUAUUUUUAAAAAAUGAACUGGACUACGCUCUGAGCGAAAACCUUUUAUGAUAAAGGAUGAGGAGUGGGACACAGCUGUGACGUCAGAGGAAGAAGGAAUAUCAAUUGGUUUUGAAACACAAGGGGCAAAACAGAAAAUCCGGCAGCUGCAACCUGGGCCAUCUCCAGGAGUGGGUCCCUCAAACGCUGACGUGGUAAAUAUCUUCAUGGACUUUAUAGCGGCUCAGCAGAGGAGAGAUGAAAUCCUACAGGAGGAGCUCAGGGGCCUGCGGGUCUCAGUUGAGGCCUCCCAGCAGCCUGUUCAUCGCCACCAGGGGGGUCGACACGUUGACUUUGGGCCUUCAUUGAUGUCUUCUCCUGACAUAUUUGGUCAUCCUUCUGGGGGUGUAGCGGCAGUUCAUCGUAAGGAGCCAAAGAUGCCAGUGUAUCAAAAUGGUGAAAACAUUGAAAAUGACCUUCUACGCUUCGAACGCAUGGCAAAAACAUGGCAGUGGCCAAGGGAGGAAUGGGCCUGUCGACUUAUCCCUUUGCUAACUGGCAAAGCCCUGGAGGCCUACACAGCGAUGGAUGAAGACAUGUCCAACUGCUACCCAGAUCUGAGGGAGGCGCUGUUGGUCAAAUUUGACAUCUCUCCAGAGACCCAUCGUCAGGGUUCCGGGCCACCUCAUCACAACCGGGGGAGACACCGACAGAAUCAUACCACCGGUUGAAAGGGCUCUAUCGUCGCUGGAUGCGACCGGAGCAGAAGAGUAAAGAACAGAUGGGGGAGACUAUCAUCCUGGAGCAGCUGCUGCAGGUGCUUCCUCCAGAUACUUGUACGUGGGUAAAAUAACAUGAACCUGAGGAUGGUCUUACAGCAUCCAAGUUGGCCAUGCAGUUCCUGACUGCCAGAAAGGGGGCGACACCACGACCAACGCAGGAUGAAACCAGGGACUGGAACCACCAAAGGGACAACUUUCCAAAGACUGGUCAAGGGACUGAAAGAAACCUGCCGCCCCAACUCGGAUGUUCAAUCUGACCAUUGAUUGACAGUUUUAGAAUGAACCUGC